GCCGUUGACGCUUUCCAGCUGUACUUGGCGAGUCUGGAAGAAGCAUUGUUUAUCAAAUUUGCAACGCUUUCCCGAUAGUAUAUAUAAAUUCUGUGACAAGAAGCUAAUAAAUUGAAUUCUGAAAGAAUAUUUUGAGAGGUAUGGGUACCAGGCAAGUAAAAAUGUACUAUCAUUCAGUAAUUACCAAGAAUAUCACAACAUUGUUAAAAUUAGCAGAUUUUGAAAACUGAAAAAUUCGUAAAAGUCGCGUCGCGUUGGCGGAUCGCGUCCGGUGUGUCUCGGCCUUAACAUUUGGUUCGGCGCAAGUUCGAUGUCUGAAACAGGCCUAAGAUGAAAGUAAGAAAGAAAUACGCACAUGGUCAUUUUUUGUGUAAUUUUUCGUCUGCCUAAAGUCAAUUCUUUAUUUCUUUCGCACACUGAUAAAGGAAGAACGACCAGCAUGGCACGGAUACCAAAAGGCUUGGAUUACGUCAGAUCAGUUCCAUUCUUUUUAAAGAUUGGUGCAUUCAUUAUGCUGCUCAUUGCUCUUAUUACUCUUGGGAUCUUUCUUGACGAAGCGAAUAUAGAUGUUAAAUUACAGCGUCAGCGUUAUGGCACAAUCAACUCCUUUGACGGGUGGGGGGAAAAGCGCCGUUUGGACAUUGGAAUGUCUGUUAUUGUUGUCUCCUUGCUCCAAGUUAUACUGCUGGUUGUAUUGUUUGCUACUGGACUUCAUGAAAAAAUAUCUAUUAUCAACUGGCCAUUAACAGUUGCAAUCAGUAUGGUCAUUUGGGGUUUGUUGCUGUUCGCUUCGGGCUGUUUUAUUGCCGACACAGCUUGGAAAUAUGAUGAGAAAACAACUUUUAAACAUGGGGAUCAUUAUCAUACCACACAGUACUCGUUUUGCGACUAUCUUAAAAAUGAUAUUUAUGAUUCAGAUGCCAGAUGUGGUCAUCUGGUUGGUUCUGCUGCAACCUGUAUCAUAACCACCAUUAUCUUUGGCGUGGACGCAUUUUUCAACCUCCAAUUAUGGCGUGGCAAGGAAACACCAUCAGCUGGUCCAGCGGCUGUUCCAACAUAAACUUCACUUUCUUUCACGACUUUCACGGAUGUCGGACAUUUAACCACUGAGCUAUGUGUCCAUUUAACUUUCAUAAAUCCUCUGAGGCCUUUUGAAAGAACGGAAAAGUGUCCAACUAGUACAACGUCAUGGCUAUCAAUCAGUGCAUGUACUAGGUAUUUUAUAAAUUUAAACAAUUUCAAAUAGGUAAAACAAACUAAAUUCUAAAGUUUCAUAUCGGUCCAUGUUUUUGUAUUAAACACUAUCAGCAGAUUUCAACCCUAGACCAGACCUAGUCUAGCCAUUGACAUAUACAUGGAGAUAAGUUCCAAAUAAGCAAGGAGCAGCGUG